UUGACCGGCGAGAAGGGCUUUGGGUACAGGGAAUGCUCGUUCCACAGAAUAAUUCCGAAGUUCAUGAUCCAAGGCGGUGAUUUUACAAAGCACAACGGAACAGGAGGAAAGUCUAUCUAUGGGCCAAAGUUUGAAGACGAGAACUUUACUAUGAAGCACACAGGCCCUGGCAUUCUGAGUAUGGCAAAUUCUGGGCCCAACACUAAUGGUUCGCAGUUCUUUAUUACUACUGUUAAGACAGAUUGGCUCGAUGGAAAGCAUGUGGUCUUUGGAAAGGUCAUUGAGGGAAUGGAUGUUGUUAAAAAGGUUGAGUCUUUUGGAAGCCAAUCGGGAAAUCCAAGCAAAAAAGUAAUAAUUUCCGACUGCGGAGCUAUUUAA